AGACUCUAACACAACGUCCAGUGAAUAUGUCGUCUCCCGUUGCAGAGGGUCACUUGUGCGUGUGUUGUAUGCGGUUGUAUUAUAUCGAUUAAGAUAGCCAAAAUGUCAAAUAAAAAUCAAGUGAAAGAUGAUGUUGUACAAGCAAAAGCGAAACAGAAAGAAGAAUUAAAUAAAAAGAUAAGAGAACAAAAAAUUGUGAUUGAUGAGCUCUCCAAUCUUAAGAAAACCAGGAGGGUGUAUGUGCAGCAGCCCAACAGCCACAUCUUCUUUUUGGCAAACAAAGCUGAGACACUGAGUGCUUCUAAAAAUUCACUGGAAAACAUGAAGAAGGAGUAUCAGGAUGUGUAGAAACAAAACAGGAUUCUUUUAAUUUGGGAGACAGAAAAAAUGAGUAAAACUGGAUGAAUUGCAAACUAAGAUGUGCGGUAUAUGUUGUGUUGUGAGCUUCUCCUCUUUGCCUUCAGAAUUGUCAAAGUUUGUGAUUAAAAAUCUGAAGAACCGAGGACCCAGCUUUAGUCAAGAAAUAACAAAGACGGUGAGGGAUGUCAACGCUCUGUGCUUUUUCUCUGGCCACGUCCUUCAUAUGAGAGGAGUCCUGACCCCUCAGCCAGUGCAAGAUGAAGAUGGAAAUGUCUUCCUAUGGAAUGGGGAGGUCUUUGGUGGUCUGACAGUGGGAACUGAAGAAAACGAUACACAGGUCGUUUUCCGCCAUCUUACUAAAUGCUGCAGCGAUGCAGAGAUCCUGUCUGCUUUGUCAUCUAUUCAAGGACCAUGGGCUUUCCUGUAUUACCAGGCAGACAGACAUAGCCUGUGGUUUGGCAGAGACUUUUUUGGUCGACGAAGUCUUCUCUGGCGAUACAGCAGUGAAGGGAAAUCGAUUGCUGUGUCGUCUGUGUCCUCAGAUCCUGGUACCGGGCAUGAACAGUGGGAGGAGGUGCCAGCUUGCGGAGUUUAUAGGAUUGAUUUAAAGGCAUCUUCUUGUUCAGGUUUCUUGGUUCUAGAGUUUUAUCCUUGGGCUUAUUCUUGUGACAUCCAGUUACCUGUAAAUCAUGAAGUGAAACGAGAGGACUUACCUUCCUUUGUCUCUUUAGUAAUGAAUGAAAAUGGACUCUUCCUGCACGCUCCGGUUGUUCCCCUAAAUAGUGUCAUCCCUGAGAGUCUGCCAGUUGCAGAGCACAUAUUUGGCUCUCAGCCAUCUUUUAAAGACCUUGAUGUCUUUUUGGAGGAUGUCAAGAAGAAGAAACUUGCUCAGCAGCUUAUAGAUGUUUUAAGUGAGGCAGUGAGGCGGAGGGUCCAGUCUCUUCCUAAAGAAAGCCAGGCAGAGUCUCCUCUUGAUGACAAAGCUGAUAUUGCCAUCCUUUUUUCUGGUGGGAUUGACUCUAUGAUUCUUGCUGCCCUAGCAGACCGUCAUGUUCCUUUAGAAAAGCCAAUUGAUCUUUUGAAUGUGGCCUUCCAGUUGCAGGAACCAAAGAAGCCGAAAGGAUCUACCAGAAACCAAAAGCACAAGCACAUUUCAGAAGCAGUUCCCCAUUUGGAAGCAACCAGGACAGGUUGUGGGAUAUCCAAAGAAUCUGGCUGUUUUGAUGUGCCUGAUAGAAUUACUGGCAGAGCUGGUGUGCAGGAGCUACAGGCAGUAAGCCCAAAACGAAAAUGGAAUUUUGUGGAAAUUAAUAUCUCAAAGGAGGAACUUCAAGAAACGAGACAAAAGCGCAUCACUCAUUUGUUGUAUCCAUUAGAUACGGUCCUGGAUGACAGCAUUGGUUGUGCAGUUUGGUUUGCUUCCAGAGGAACUGGUUUUGCAGCAGGAGGCAAGGAACAGCAACCAUAUACCUCAACUGCAAAGGUCGUGCUCACUGGAAUUGGUGCGGAUGAGCAGCUGGCUGGGUACUCCCGCCACCGCCUUCGCUUUAAAACCUCAGGACUGCGGGGUCUUGUCCAAGAGCUAGAGAUGGAACUGGGCAGGAUCUCUUCACGGAACCUCGGCAGGGACGACAGAAUUAUUGGAGAUCAUGGGAAGGAAGCCAGGUUUCCCUUCCUGGAUGAAGAGGUGGUUAGCUUUCUGAAUGCUGUGCCGGUGUGGGACAAGGCCGACCUGUCCCUGCCCCGCGGACUGGGAGAGAAGCUGCUCUUGCGCCUGGCUGCCAGGGAGCUGAACCUCACAGCCUCCGCAGCGCUGCCAAAGAGAGCCAUGCAGUUCGGCUCCAGAAUAGCCAAGAUGGAGAACAGCACCGAAAAGGCCUCUGACAAAUGCAGCAGACUCCACAUGACAUAAAUCUCGCCGUUUUAUUGUCAGGAUGAAAGUGUAGCUUUGUAACUAAAACACAAUCUUUGUUUUAAAAAUAUUAAAAUAUAUUGUCCAUAAA